UGUGCGCGGCUCCGGGCCGGGCCGCGGGCGCAGCUCUUGUUUAAAGGGCCGGCGGGGCGCGCGUUUCGGACGCAGCUCGCGGCCGCGGGCCAGGCGCUCCGGGGCUGGGCCGCUCCGCCUCUGCCUCCGCCGCCGCCCGCGCGUCCGCCAGGCCUGACAGCGGCCCGAGCCGGGCACCCGGGAGCGGGACGCGGGCAGCCAUGGCCGAGGCGGCGCCGGACCGGGCCCCAGAGAGGGACAAGCAAACAGGGGACAGAAGGCCUUCCACGCCUCCUCCCUCGCCCCAGCCGGCUGCCGAGAAGAACUCGUACCUCUAUUCCACGGAGAUCACACUGUGGACCGUGGUGGCUGCCGUCCAGGCCGUGGAGAAGAAAGUGGACUCCUGUCUGGCCCGCCUGCUGACUCUGGAGGGGCGGACGGGGUCGGCCGAGAAGAAGCUGGCGGACUUUGAAAAGACGUCCUCAGAGCUCGGGAACCAGCUCGAGGGCAAGUGGGCCACGCUGGAGACCCUGCUGCAGGAGUACGGGCUGCUGCAGAGGCGGCUGGAGAACAUGGAGAACCUGCUGAGGAACAGGAACUUCUGGGUCCUGCGGAUGCCCCCGGGCAGCAAGGGGGAGGUCCCCAAGGUACCCGUGACCUUUGACGACGUGGCCGUGUAUUUUUCCGAGCUCGAGUGGAGCAAGCUGGACGAGUGGCAGAAGGAGCUGUACAAGCAUGUGAUGCGGGGCAACUACCAGAUGCUGGUCUCCCUGGAUUACGCCAUCUCCAAACCGGACAUCCUCACCCGGAUGGAGAGGGGAGAGGAGCCUUGUCCUGAAGGCCUGUGGGGUCAGGACGAGGGGCAAGAGAGAGAGGCAGCUCGCCCAGAGAGGCCGGGCACUGACCACGCCCCCAGCCCAGUCAGGCCUGACCCAGAGGGGCCCAGAGAAAGGCAGGCCCCCGAGGACCAGAGAGACUCAGGAGCAAGAGGCCCCCCGGUGGGAACAAGCACAGGGCCCCCGGCCAGCACCAGUAUUUUGUCCUCAGUUAAGCAGGAAGAGGCGUCUUCGGAUGGGGAGUCCCCAGCCUCCACCGGCAAGGACCUCCUGCCUGGCGCAGGACCAGGUAGUGGUGCCGGUCUGGUCAUCAAGACAGAAGCGCAGUCUGAGGACCAGGUGGUGGCGGAGCAGCUCUUCCUGGUGAAGCCCCCGGGCCAGGCCCAGAGCACAGUCCCCGAGGGGCCCAACAGCCGGACAGGGGGUCCCCAGCAGCUUCAUGCCCAGGCAGCGCCCAGGGUGCGAGCAGGGGACCCGCGGCCUCGUCCGGCAGGGGCGGCCGGGGAGACGCCCCGCGUCCUGCCUCGCCGCCGGCGGGAGCGGGCCUUUCCCUGCCCGGACUGCGGGCAGAGCUUCCGCUUGAAGAUCAACCUGACCAUCCACCAGCGGACCCACGUGGACGGGGAGGCGCAGGAGGCCCGGGGCGGCGCGCCCGCCGGCUGGGGCGAGGCGCCCUCCACGCUGGAGCCCGGGGAGGUGGUGGUGCCCGGGCCUGUCAUCCGCUGGCUCCCGGAGGAGCCCGAGGGCCCCCGCGCCCUGGCCGGCCGGCCCUUCACGGGGCGCAGGCCGGCGGCCUCCAAGCUGUACCACUGCAGCGAGUGCCUGCGCUUCUUCCAGCGGAGGAAGAGCCUGCUGCUGCACCAGCGGCUGCACACGGGCAACAGCCAGGGCUGGCCGGCCUGCGCCUACUGCGGCAAAGCCUUCCGCAGGCCCUCGGACCUCUUCCGGCACCAGCGCAUCCACACGGGCGAGCGGCCCUACCAGUGCCCGCAGUGCGGCCGGGCCUUCAACCGCCACCACCACCUGGCCAUCCACAUGCAGACCCACGCGCGCGGCCCGCCCCGGGCCCGGCCCAGCCGCUCGGAGGAGGGCUGACCAGGCCGGGGCCCCCGGGGCAGCGGCAGGACCUGCUCUCGGCCUGCGGGACCCUUCCCCUCCUGCUUGAACUGGUUCCCUAUUCUGGGAUGCCUUUGGAGAGAGAGCUUUUCCCCUUUUCAUUCAAAUGCGAAGCAGCAGCCUUUUGGGAGACGGUGCGUGAGUGACAGUUUUCUCCAUGUCCUGUUUCCGAAGUUUGUCACUCCGUGCUGCGCUCUCUACAUUCCUGACUUAUCACGGACCCCUUAAGGCUCCUUAAGGGGGUGCCAGGUUUGGGGCGGGACCUUUGCUGGGUUCCACGGACAGGAAGUGGACCCGCGACGACGCGACCUGGGGGGUCUCCCAGCAGGAAGACCGGAAAGGUGGAGGCCCUCGGCCGCUGAUUUUGUGCACAGAGGUCUGGGGUCUGCCCACAGCGGCCCAAGAGACGUCGAGUGGACAGAGCCUGCUGAAUGGGCAUUGGAGACUGGACUUUUCUACUUUGUAUUUUGAAACUCUUUUUCUCUUAUGGAGCUUUUCUGGUGCUUUUAUAAAUGUGCGUGGUUGCAUAGGGGACCAAGACUCUGGAGCGGCAGGGUUACUUCGCCACCU